AUGGGAGACCCUGCCAACACGAGCACUGUGGGUUACACCGGCGGAGCCCCCUCCUCCCCGCCGUGCCAGCGCGACACCAGCGUCACCCGCCUGCUCUUCCCAGCGCUGUACACGCUCAUCUUCCUCCUGGGACUCACACUGAACUGCCUGGCUUGCUGGGCUUUCUGCCACAUCCCAAGCACAUCAACUUUCAUCGUCUACUUGAAAAAUAUCUUAGUUUCAGAUCUUAUAAUGACCCUGAUGCUUCCUCUGAAGAUCCUGACAGACUCUGGCCUGGGACCGUGGCAGCUCAAAGCCUUUGUCUGUCGCUUCUCAGCCGUCGUGUUCUAUGACACCAUGUACAUUAGCAUAGUGCUGCUCGGGCUCAUUGCUUUUGACAGAUUUCUCAAGAUUGUGAGACCUUUUGGGAAGUUCUGGGUGCAAAACCCGACCUCAGCAAAGAUCCUCACGGGUCUGGUCUGGCUCUUCUUCCUUGUUCUCUCUCUGCCCAACACAAUCUUAUCCAACAAGACAGCGACGCCCCAGUCCGUGAGGAAGUGUGCCUCCUUGAAGAGCUACCUCGGACUCAAGUGGCAUGAAGCCGUCAGCUACAUCUGUCAGUUCAUCUUCUGGACUGUCCUCAUCCUCAUGUUGCUAUUUUAUAUAAUUAUCACCAAAAAGGUAUAUGAGUCAUAUAUAAAAACGCAGAAGAAAGACAACAAAAGGGAAAAACGGAUCAAGGGGAAAGUAUUCAUCAUUUUUACCGUGUUCUUCUUGUGCUUUGCCCCCUUCCACUUCAGCAGGGUCCCCUACACUCUGAGCCAAACAACUGCCCACGUGGACUGUGCCCUGCAGAAGCAGCUCUUCGUGGCCAAAGAGAGCACACUGUGGCUGGCGGCCACCAAUGUCUGCAUGGACCCCCUGAUCUACAUGGUCCUGUGCAAGCCCUUCGUGGAGAAGGUGUUAUGCAGGAGAGUAAAGACCCGUCGGAGAGCAUUUUAUAGAAACCCAAAAACUGAACUGGACACACAAGUGUCUCCUACCGAGUCUUGAUUCUGAAGCUGCACACUCUACUCUGCGUGCUCAUAGGGAACUUGGAAAAUAGUUUUGGUUUACCUCUGUUGGAGAAAACAAAAGGGUGGCUGCACUGUAAUAUUAAUACUUAAUAAAAACAGCAAAAUGG